AUGACUAUUGCUGCAUAUGCGUAUGAAACAAAUGAAGCAAGAAGAGCACAUGAACUAGUAAACGAAAACUCAACUUUAACCAUUGAAGGCAAUGAUUUAGUCAUUGACGAUGGAAAGACUAAAAAAGUCAUUGAUUUCGAUACUUUUAACACUUAUGACCCAUUCAUUACAACAAGCAAGGUUCCCAUCAUAAAUGAUGGAACGGUGCAAUAUAUAAAUUCUACAGUAGAUGCCUCAUUAGUGAAAGUAUUAAAUGUUCUCAUUGAAUUGUUAAAGAGCUUUCGAUUUGACGACAACAUUAAAUGCCUAAAGAAUUUAGUCAUGAAUGAGAAACAAAUUCUCGGCGUUGCUGGUAGCAGUAAUGAUGUACACCUUAUGA